ACCCCGGCACACUCUUUGUGUCUGAGACGAUUGAGAGAAUGCGUCAAACUCCUGGAUGAUUUUAAACGUGGAACACUACCACCAGGAGUUACAGAUCUACAGCUAUGGGAAGCCCAAAAGGUGAAGCAGGCCAUCAUUCAUCCUGACACAGGAGAGAAGAUCUUCAUGCCUUUCCGAAUGUCAGGUUAUGUCCCAUUUGGAACACCAAUUGUUGUGGGCCUUCUUCUUCCAAAUCAGACUGUGGUAUCUACUAUUUUUUGGCAGUGGCUGAACCAAAGUCACAAUGCCUGUGUCAACUACUCAAACCGCAAUGCUACUAAGCCUACACCAACAUCCACGUUUCUUCAAGGUUACUUCGGAGCUGUGACCAGUGCUGUCUCCCUUGCGGUGGGACUGAAUGUACUGAUUCAGAGAGCCAACAGGUUGAGUCCAGCAACCCAAAUAAUCAUACAGAGACUCAUCCCUUUCCCAGCUGUGGCCAGUGCCAACAUUUGCAAUGUGGGCCUCAUGAGGCACAAUGAGCUGUCGGAGGGCAUCGACGUGCUGGACGGAAAUGGGAACGUGGUGGGCUCCUCAAAGAUUGCUGCCAAACAUGCAAUUAUGGAAACUGCCUUUACCAGAGUGGUCCUCCCGAUGCCAAUCUUUGUCCUUCCUCCCAUCAUCAUGUCCUACCUAGAAAAACUUCCAUUCCUGCAGACGAAUCGGAGGCUGUUGCUGCCCAUCCACAGCCUGGUGUGUCUGGCUACCUUCAGCCUCUCGCUGCCCCUGGCCAUCAGCCUAUUCCCACAGAUGUCUCAGAUUGAGGUGUCUCAGCUUGAGCCUGAAAUUGCCAUGGCAACCAAUAGCAAGGUGGUGACCUACAACAAGGGACUGUGA